AUCAUCCAAGUGAGUGCGUUCCUGUUGUGUUCACUACUGCCCAUACUUUCCACAAUUUGGUAGGCACAAAUAUAUUAGCUAAAGUAGAAUCUGUACGAUAGUAUUUGUAGCACCCCACUCGAGUGUGCAGUACCACAAAUCUUUGUAGUGUCAAAUUUAGUAGUGCUGAACGAGUUACCGAAUGAAACGAUGAAAUUAAAUAUCUUGUUCCACAUUGUCCAUAAGAAGGCGUGAAGUAACAAGCACUUUGCCUUGGCUAAAACUGGUAUGAGCGGGUGCUAACGCUAGACCUACAAACUGAACCCAAAGAAUCUCUAUUAACCCCAUAUGAGCUCCAUGUUUCCCCUUCCACUCCAAAUCUAAAACAAAUAAGUUUUCCACAACACACUCCACUCAACUGCCUUGCAAACUAUGAAGAUGAAUUUCUGGCUUCUACAGAUGGUUAUGCUGCUGUGCUUCUGUUACACGUCCGUCGUAGCAGAAGAAGAGAGGGAUCAGCAAUCCCAAAAGACAUACAUAGUCCACAUGGAUAGGUCCAAUAUGCCAGCAAGUUUCACUGAACACCUGGAGUGGUUUCAAUCAUCCUUGAAAUCGGUAUCAGAGGUAGCCGAGAUGCUUUACACCUACAAAAACGCAGUUCAUGGUUUCUCCACAAGGUUAACUGCUAAGGAAGCAGAAUCACUGGAAAAACAACCGGGAAUUCUCCGCGUUCUGCCUGAAAUGACAUACGAGCUUCACACAACUCGAACACCAGAGUUCCUUGGAUUAGGAAGGACGGGCACUCUCCUUCCUGAAUCCGACUCUAUGAGUGAUGUGAUUGUUGGAGUACUGGACACGGGUGCUUGGCCUGAGUCAAAAAGUUUUGAUGACACAGGGCUUGGGCCAGUGCCUAGUAGCUGGAAAGGUGAGUGCGAGUUGGGUAAAACAUUUAACUUGUCGAGCUGCAAUCGCAAGCUGAUUGGUGCAAGGUAUUUCUCAAAAGGGUAUGAAGCAGCUUUUGGACCCGUUGAUGAAUCAAUGGAAUCAAAAUCACCGAGAGAUGAUGAUGGCCAUGGAACUCACACUGCCACUACGGCAGCUGGGUCAGCUGUCUCAGGAGCUAGCCUUUUUGGUUUCGCUGAUGGGAUAGCACGCGGGAUGGCACCAAAAGCUCGAGUGGCUGUAUACAAGGUCUGUUGGCUUGGCGGCUGCUUUGGAACUGAUAUACUAGCUGCAAUAGAGAAAGCUAUUGAGGAUGGUGUCAAUGUGUUAUCCUUGUCUAUUGGGGGAGGAUUAUCUGAUUACUACAGAGAUACUGUUGCAGUCGGAGCUUUCACAGCAAUGGCUCAAGGAAUUCUGGUAUCAUGCUCGGCUGGAAAUGGAGGACCAAGUUUAGGCAGUUUGGCCAAUGUAGCACCAUGGAUAACCACAGUAGGUGCAGGAACUCUUGACCGUGAUUUCCCAGCCACCGUUACACUAGGGAAUGGAGAAAAAUACUAUGGCGUAUCACUCUACGGUGGGAAACCUUUAUCAGCUUCAUUGGUUCCCCUAGUUUCUGGUGCUAAGGCCAGUAAUUCCAGUAACGGUAAUCUUUGCAUGACUGGCACUUUGAUUCCUGCAAGAGUGGCAGGGAAAAUUGUGAUUUGCAAUAGAGGGGGAAAUUCUAGAGCGCACAAGGGUCUGAUGGUCAAAGCUGCUGGUGGGGUAGGGAUGAUAUUAGCCAACACCGAAUUCUACGCGGAGGAGCUGAUUGCCGACGCACAUCUACUGCCGUCCUCAGCAGUAGGCCAAAAAGCAGGGGACGCAAUUAAGAAAUAUGUUCUCUCCGAGAAAAAUCCAACAGCCACAAUUGCUUCUGGAAGAACGCAAUUGGGCGUCCAACCAUCACCGGUGGUAGCAGCAUUCAGCUCUAGAGGUCCAAAUAUGCUAAACCCAGAAAUAUUAAAACCAGACCUCAUAGCACCAGGAGUAAAUAUCCUAGCUGGGUGGAGUGGAGGAAUUGGCCCAACUGGAUUACAAGGAGAUAAAAGGCACGUAAGUUUCAAUAUCAUUUCAGGUACAUCUAUGUCAUGCCCUCAUGUGAGCGGUUUAGCUGCGUUCAUCAAGGCUGCUCACCCAGAUUGGAGCCCGGCCGCCAUUAGAUCUGCACUUAUGACCACAGCUUACUCAGCUUACAAAAACGGCGAGACUAUACAAGAUGUUGCUACAGGACAACCAUCAACACCCUUCGACUAUGGUGCCGGACACGUAGAUCCAAUGGCAGCCAUUGACCCUGGUCUUGUUUAUGACGCCUCGGUGGAUGACUACCUAGCGUUCCUAUGCGCACUGAACUAUACCCCAACUGAGAUUAACCUUGUUUCAGGUAGAGACUACACCUGUGAAGCAAACAAGAGAUAUAGCUUGGGAGAUCUUAACUACCCUUCUUUCUCAGUACCUCUGCAAACUGCUUCAGGCCUAAGUGGUGGUGCUGGUAAAACAAGCAGAGUCAAAUAUACUAGGACUUUGACUAACGUGGGAACUCCAGCAAUUUAUAAGGUUUCAGUCACUUCACCAACUCCAUCAGUGAAAAUCUUGGUCCAGCCAGAAUCACUGGCUUUCAGUAAGCAAUAUGAGAAAAAGAGUUACACAGUCACAUUCACUGCUAGCUCUAUGCCAUCAGGUACAAACAACUUUGCUCGCCUAAAAUGGUCGGAUGGGAAACACGUUGUUGGUAGUCCAAUAGCAUUUAGCUGGACUUGAUCAUAACAAUGGACAAGAGCUCAGGGGAUCUACUUCUGGGUCCUGCAAAAUCUGCAUGCCCAAUUAUAUUGCUCUUCAUAUGUGCAAAUAAUGUCUUAUAUUUCAGCAACUGACAAUGCAAGACCAGUUGUACACUGACUAGAAUGGUGUAAAUAAUUUUACAUAAAAUUAUGUAUGAAUCAGCAUAUGCAUCUAGACUA